AUGAAAAGUACUUUAUCUUCAGCAAUUUUUUUCUGUUCGGUUGAUUCAUGUUCAGCAACAUUUGACAAUGAGGAACAACUUAUGGAUCAUGAACAAAAAGCCGAACACUUUUAUACUGAUGAUUAUUCCUUAUCAACAAUCGAUCGUGCUCGUAACAACGAUGAUGAACUGAACCGACCAUUCUCAACACAAGGUUAUGCUAUCCGUCGAAGACAAAAGUCAACAAAAACUCCACAAGAACAUCAACAAUUCUUUAUAAAACUGUUUCACCAAGGUGAAAAUACUGGUAAAAAAGUCACGGUUGAAGAUUCAUUUCAAAAGAUGCGUCGUGCACUAAAGUCGGAUAAUACGAAACUCUUUACAACUAAUCAAUACUUGACUAAAAAUCAAAUUCGUAGCAUUUUUAGCCGUUUAUCAAAAAAAGGAUCAAUUGAUAGACGAAGUCAAUUUAUACACAACAAUGAAAAUGAUCAAAAGCAAGGCUCCUAUGAAGAAUCAACAAACAGCGAUGAAGACGAUUCUGAAAAUUAUUUUAAAAAACAGCAAGAUGAAGAACUAGAAGAUCUUGAAGUUGAUGAAAUCGAUAAUGCGUUAAAAUGCUGUAGCGAUAAUGAAUAUGACAGGAAGAAAAUGGAUCAAAGUUACAAUUUUUUGUCCUGUGCUAUCAUCUAUUUUUUUCUGAAUGCAUGA